AAAAACGACCUCCUCGUAUUAGACUAUCAGGUUUGCCUGUGAAUGUUAACAAAGCUUCAAAUGAGAUCGAUCACAUGAUUAUGGAUAUUCAAAGAUUGCAUCUGACGAAAGAGAGAGAAAAGAUCACAGCGAAAUGCGUAGAAUGGUCAGUAAUUGAUGAAUGCGAUGACGGUAGAAAACUGCUACCUUAUCCAGAGGAACUAAACCAUACGAUCGAAAACGACUACCAACAACAACAACCAAAAGCUACAUUUUGUGAUGAAAACGGUACCCGCUACGAAAUUGACUUUUCGACCAUGGAAGAAUAUCCUGUCCAUGAUCAGAGCGACCGGGCGAAAGUUUUACGGAAAGACAAGCUACAGGCGACCAAAGUCUUAGAUUCCGGUCUUCAGCCUCCGACGACAUGGACCCCGAUGACCGAUCAGGAUCCAGUAAUCGUUGUACCGAUGCAAGCAACUGAUUCCGAGUAUACAGACGUGUUGAAAGAUUUCAACGCUACAAUUGGAAAAGAUAAUCCCACAAUAGUUAAGAUUGAAAGAAUACAAAACCAGACACUGUACCAACAGUAUAUGACUAAAAAAGCAGAGAUGGACCGAAGCUGCGGCGGGCAGAGUGAGAAAAUGCUGUGGCAUGGAACUGCAGAGGGUGCGGUAGACAGUAUCAACAUGUAUGGCUUCAACCGAAGCUUCUGUGGGAAAAAUGGUUAGUGUAUUAUUGCAUUC